AUGCCCAGUCUGGCCGGUUGCCCGCGGCCUCCUACGCCGUCAUCUUCCCCUCAUUCAUUCCCCGAUGCCUUUACGCAUUCUCCUGCAUGUCCAUCACCUCGAAGCAAUGGCCGGUCGACCAACAUAGUUCCGCGGAGGUCCACACCCAGGGCAACACCCAGCCCGAGUAGAGACACACAGAGCGCCGCGCUUGCGUCGUCCAGCCGCAUGGGCAUGGCCGUGAACAAGAUUGAGCAGAUCAUGGAAACUGUACUGGACAAUGUCAUCCGGGGCACAGAAUUGACCAUUCCCUUUUCUCGCCGCUCCAGGCCCAGAGCCCGUGUUGCAUCCCGGGAUGGCGAUGCAGCCAGGCAGCAGCCCUGUGGCUUUGUGUCCUUUCCCGGGAAGACCGAGGCCGAGGGCAAACUUUUCACCCAAGUACUCAGCAUCCUACAGCUGUCUCACCAGGCGCUCCUUUCGGGCACAAUUGUCACCAAAAGAAACAUCUUCUACCAGUACCGCGACCUUUUUCGGGAUCAGAGAGUUGUCGACAGCUUGGUCGACGACAUUGCCUACACGCUCAACCUUGGCCGGGACUCUCUCAACAUUGUGGCGGCCAGUGUUGGCUUGCUGUGUGGCCAACUCAGUUUCAUUACACACCACAAUGCAUACUUCUCAGCAUCCAGCCAAGAGAAUGGAAUUGCCAUUCCACCGAUGAGAGAAAUCCGAGAGCUCGAUCUGUCUUCGUGCCAAUGGAUCCUUGUCAUUGAGAAAGAAGCUACAUUCAGAACACUCGCUGCGUCGGGCUACUGCAACGCAUCCGUCGCUGGGCCCGGCGCUCUUGUCACGUCCAAAGGCUACCCGACUCUCGUUACCCGCUCGUUCCUGCACCACAUCCAUGAGACAGCACCCUGGCUUCCCAUCUACGGGCUGGUCGACUACGAUCCGCACGGCCUGCGCAUCUUCCGAACGUACAAAUAUGGCAGCCAGAGUCUGAGCCACGAGGCCAAUACGACGGUUCCCGGAAUGAAGUGGCUUGGUAUCCAGAGCUGUGACCUUUUCUGUCCUCGAAAUUCCGUCGACACGCGUCAUACGUGGUCGGCCCUGAACGACGUUCUGCCGUUGACCGACACGGACCGGCGUACGGCUGUGUGUCUUCUCAAAGACAUGGUCUACGGCACCACUGCCGACUCCGAUGCAGCGUCCCUUAAGCAGUACCGCGAAGUGCAGGUCAUGCUCAUGCUCAAUAUCAAAGCUGAGAUCCAGGCAGCCGACGACUAUGGAGAUCUCGCGACUUGGCUGGACGAAAAGCUUUACCAAGACCAGGAAGGUGGCUUGGAUGUUAUUUGA